AUGCUCAUUUCGCUAGCUGCGGCCACAACGAAGCGGUGUCACAAUAAACUUCUGCAUUCUCUUUUUGUAAAUAACAGUACAAAGCAAGGCCUAUUAAAUAAAGUUUUCCUCGGACGAGGCAGAAGGAAUUCAUCUUGUGCCAGAUCCUUCUUCGGAUCCAAAAUGGAAGAAUCCACAGACUUCAUAGCUGUGUAUGUUACCGCCCCUGGAACAGAUGUCGCGGAGAAGAUUUCAAAUGUGUUACUGGAAGAUAAGCUAGCCAGUUGCGUGAACAUCAUCCCGGGUGUCCUCAGUCUAUAUCAUUGGAAGGGCGAGAUAGCUCGUGAUAAUGAAGUUCUGAUGAUGAUCAAAACGAAGAAGAAUUUAUUUUCCAAAAUUGUAGACGCUGUGAAAGCAAACCAUCCGUACGAAGUGCCAGAGGUCAUUUCCGUCCCAAUACACCAAGGAAGCAAGGAUUACUUAGAUUGGAUAUCGAAAUCGGUUAAAUCACCCUCCGAGGGGGACAAGAAAAAUACCUAG